AUGUGCCACCAAAAGGUCAACGACAUUCAUCACUCUCUUACAACACCUUACAACUCUAGAAUCCCGUCCGGCCAUCCCGGCUUCCCUUUGCCCUCACAACUCCACCAGUUCUGCCCAGGACAGCCAGGGAGGUGUUGCUUGGAGGAGGGGCUUCUCAGUCCAGUUUCACCUUCUGGCGCUUCUGACAGAGGAAGUAUCCAAGCUCCCGCGGGCCGCGCCAUUAGUCAAGCACCGUUUGCAGAUCAGCCUCAAGGGAGCCCUCUAUUGGAUAUUGGACAGAACGGCCUUCAGCAUGGACGUCCGGUCCAUGCGAGUUUGGUUUUUCCAGAAUCGAUACAAUAUCUGCCUCACCGCUCAAACAAACAUGGGUCCCGACACGCCUCUUCCAAGUUCCAGCCCUGUGGAGGUGGCCGGUCGAGAGUUCGGAGGGAUCUGAAGAAUCUCUUGGUUCACAAAGGCAGAAGAAAAGAAAGGAUCCCACCCAAUUACGCUGUGAUCCUUCUCCAAACUCCAAAAGGUUAUUGCAAGCUUGCACUCCUGCGGAUGGCUUCCUAUUGCUUCACCGGCGGCUUGGGCAUGCUGAAGGCAUAACAAUAUCAGCAGCCAUUCGGAUGACAAUUCGUUAACAAUUUGUUUCGCAUGGUUUCAAUUGUGGAGUUUUGCUUUUCCGUCCCUCCCUCCGCGGUCCCUCACAACAAUUAGGAUUGUCCGUCGAACAAAC